UCCAUAAGAAAAGAUUUAAAAAAAAAAAAAAUCAGAGAGAAGAAAAAACGCUUCGCUUUCACACUUGAAAGCUCGAGAGGAAGACACCAUAAAAGCUUCUCUCACUUUCAUGCGUAUAGAUCAAUUAGGGCUUCAAUCUGUAGGGUUCGUUGCUUCUCUUUCAGCUCGAGAUCUCUGGUGGAUCCAUGGCAGAUCGCGGAUCUUUUGGUUUCGGUCCCCGAUUAGAUAUAGGACAAUUGCUAUCUGAAGCUCAACACCGGUGGCUGAGGCCUGCCGAGAUUUGUGAAAUUCUUCGGAACUAUCAGAAGUUUCAUAUUGCGUCUGAGCCUCCCAACCGACCACCUAGUGGUUCGCUUUUUCUUUUUGAUAGGAAGGUUCUCAGAUACUUCAGAAAAGAUGGUCACAACUGGAGGAAGAAAAAGGAUGGAAAGACGAUCAAAGAAGCUCAUGAGAAGUUGAAGGUGGGAAGUGUUGAUGUGCUACACUGUUACUACGCACAUGGGGAAGACAAUGAGAAUUUCCAGAGGCGUUGCUACUGGAUGCUUGAGCAGGACUUUAUGCAUAUUGUUUUUGUUCACUACUUGGAGGUUAAGGGUAACCGGACUAGUUCUGGAGGAAUGAAAGAAAAUAAUUCAAAUUCCAUAAAUGGCACCACAUCGGUGAAUAUUGAUUCAACAGCAAGUCCGACCAGUACUUUGUCAUCAUUAUGUGAAGAUGCUGAUUCUGGGGACAGUCAUCAAGCAAGUUCUAGUUUGCAAGCUUUUCAGGAUCCGAAAAUUACUACUACUCAGAUAAGGGAUACACCGGAUGCCGGUACAUCAAAUUCUUAUUAUAUGGGUUCUUUUUCAGGAACUCGCGAGGGUUGGACAUCGGCUGCUGGCAUGGGAACUGUCUCUCCCUUUUAUGGGAACAGUGUCAGAGAAAGUGAUUCCCAGAGAUCUGGCGACGUUUCAGCCUGGGGUGCUGCCUUUGAGGAUUCUACGGCCAGACAUCAUAAUCUACCUUUUAAUGACCUGGUAACUCAGUUGCCACCUUCUACAACUGAAUUGCUGCAUGUGCAUGGUGUAGAAAAUGCUGGUAAGGGUGAACUGUUUGCGGCAGACAAUGGCAGCAAGGAACUCCUCAGAAAUCCUCUUCAAAACCAAGUGAACUGGCAGAUUCCUGUUCAGGACAAUUUACCAUUGCCAAAUUGGCCUAUAGACCUGGUUUCACAAACUGGAAUGGGUGAUGAUACUGAUCUGACGGUAUUCGAGCAAGGAGCACAUGAUAAUUUUGAGACAUUUUCCAGCCUUCUUAAUAUUCGAAGUCAACAGUCUCUUGGGAAUGGUGUUCACUUUCCUCUUCCAAGUGUAGAAUCUGAAUAUACACCCAAAUUAAACCCUGAUGCUCUACAAUAUGAAACAAGCACAAGCCUGAUGUUACCUAGAAAACCAUUUUUGAGUAAAGAGGAUAGUUUGAAAAAGGUUGACAGUUUCUCUCGAUGGGCUAGUAAAGAACUUGGUGAGAUGGAGGAUCUGCAGAUGCAGCCAUCGUCAUCUGGAGGCAUUGCAUGGACUACUGUUGAAUGUGAAACUGCAGCAGCUGGGUCCUGUUUGAGCCCUUCUCUCUCCCAGGAUCAGCGCUUCACCAUAAUUGAUUUCUGGCCUAAAUGGGGGCACACAGACUCAGAAGUUGAGGUUAUGGUUAUUGGGACGUUUCUGAUGAAUAAGCAAGAGGUAACUAAAUAUAACUGGUCAUGCAUGUUUGGGGAAGUGGAGGUUCCAGCUGAGAUUCUAGUAGAUGGUGUACUUUGUUGUCAUGCUCCCCCGCACACUGUUGGUCAAGUUUCAUUUUACAUUACGUGUUCGGACAGGUUUGCUUGUAGUGAAGUUCGAGAAUUUGAUUUCCUCCCUGGUUCUACCAAAAACCUUAAUGUUUCUGAUGUUUAUGGCACAUCUACAAUUGAAGCAUCACUUUAUAUGCGGUUUGAGAGGCUGCUGGCUUACAGAUCUCCUGUAAUUGAACGUCACAUAUUCGAAGACGUUGGGGAUAAACGAAAACACAUCAGUAAAAUCAUGUUGCUGAAGGAUGAAAGAGAGUCUUUCUUCCCGGGGACAAACCAGAAAGAUUCAAUUGAACAAGAAGCAAAAGGGCACGUUAUCAGGGACUUGUUUGAAGAGAAAUUAUACACGUGGCUCAUCCAUAAAGUGACUGAAGAUGUUAAGGGUCCAAAUAUACUGGAUGAAGGGGGGCAGGGUGUUCUACACUUUGCUGCUGCCCUCGGCUAUGAUUGGGUGAUAAAACCAAUUUUAGCAGCAGGAGUUAGCAUUAAUUUCCGUGAUGCAAAUGGAUGGACAGCCCUUCACUGGGCUGCAUUUAGUGGCAGGGAGCAAACUGUCGCUGUACUUGUCUCUCUGGGUGCCGAUGCUGGGGCUUUAACUGACCCGUCACCAGAAUUUCCUUUGGGUAAAACAGCUGCGGAUUUGGCUUCUGGAAAUGGGCACAAGGGAAUUUCAGGUUUUCUUGCAGAGUCUUCCCUCACUAGUUAUCUUGAAAAGCUAGCAAUGAAUGAAUCCAAGGAAAACAGCUCUGCUAACUCCUCAGGAGCAAAAGUUGUUCAAACUAUCUCUGAGCGAACGGCCACUCCUAUGAGUUAUGGUGACGUACCGGAAGCGCUAUCCUUGAAGGAUUCACUUACUGCAGUCUGCAAUGCUACACAAGCAGCUGAUCGCAUACAUCAAGUUUUCAGGAUGCAGUCGUUCCAGCGGAAACAGCUGUCCCAAUUUGGAAAUGAAGAGUCAGACAUAUCCGAUGAACUGGCUGUUUCUUUUGCAACUGCCAAAACUGGGAAGCCAGGACUCAAUGACGGUGUUGUCCAUGCUGCUGCUGUUAAUAUCCAGAAAAAGUAUCGUGGUUGGAAGAAGAGGAAAGAAUUUCUCUUGAUCCGACAAAGAAUUGUCAAGAUCCAGGCUCACGUGAGAGGGCAUCAGGUUCGGAAACAAUACCGAACGGUCAUUUGGUCAGUGGGGAUACUUGAGAAAGUUAUUUUGCGGUGGAGGCGAAAGGGCAGUGGUCUACGUGGAUUUAGACGUGAUGCAAUUGCCAAACAGGCAAAACCUGAAACACCUGUUCCUCCGCAGGAGAAAGAAGAUGAUGAUUACGAUUUUCUCAAGGAGGGAAGAAAACAAACUGAGGAAAGGUUGCAAAAAGCUCUCACGAGGGUGAAGUCCAUGGUUCAAUAUCCAGAAGCACGGGCUCAGUACCGUAGGCUGUUGACUGUGGUUGAGGGUUUCCGUGAAUCCGAGGCCUCAAGCUCAGGUGGUGCAAACACUGCAGAAGAAGAAGCAGCAGCAGCAGCAAAUACUGAUGAUGAUCUUCUUGACAUCGAUUCACUAUUGGAUGAUGACACUUUCAUGUCGAUUGCAUUUGAGUGAGAGAUCCCUCCUCCUAGAGACAGAGGCUUUGGUUUUGUGGUGCAACUGACCCAUACGUACAUAGGUAUCAUCUGGAUUCAUUCAUCAUCAUCAUCAUCAUCAUCAUCUCAUGGUUCCUAACUGUUUUUAUGUAUCUGUAAAUACUACGACCGCCGUAGCUAAAACGAAGACGAUUCUAUUUAGUAGUAUGGAUUAGGGUUGUCCUUUACUAGGGAGGAGGAGGGUGGUAAAGCGUUUAGUAUACAAACAGACAAAUGUUACUCUGUUGAUUUCAUGAGUAGGUAAUGGAAAUGGGCUUCUGCAUAUGAAUGGAUGAUUUCAUCUCAUGGUUCUAGGACUAUUUAAAAGUUCAAAAGAGAUUCUUUUCUUUGA